CGUCAAAAGGGAACCAGUUUCUCUCUGAGCGCUGUGUGGCUCGCAGCGGGGAGCUGCGAGGGCAGGCAGUCACAUGAUUCGCGCAGAGCCCAGCUGCCCAAUUCCAAUAUGGUGGCCAGCUUGGCAGACCUACGGUUCUUGUUGAUGAUAUUGUUGCUCUGCGGGAGGAUCGGGGACGGCGCCUCCAGCCAGCAAGCCCCGCGAGUUCUGGGGUUGCGACUGGAGGACCCAGAAGGCCGUGUGUAUAUGAAGGAGAGGAUCAUCUCUGCGCCGCAAGGGGCCAGUUUCAUGCUCCGGUUGUUCGGCUCGGAUCUGAAUGGGACCUGGCCGUGGGUGGCGUUCGCUGGGGUUAGACGUGGGGAGGCUGGUGCGGUGGGGGAUGCAGCCGACCCGUGCGGGCAGGAGACCCGCCGUGACACCUCCGCCUUCCAGAUCACCGGGGAGUUCACGGCAGACGAGGAGUACAGCGGGCUGAUAGAGGUAAAGGUGCGGGACAAGAGCAGCAUGUCUCCCGCUGCAUCCUCCACGGGAGGAGGGGAUGAUUCCAACCCGACCUACCACUUGUGCGUGAAGAGCGGGAGUUGGGUGUCAGUGGGACCGGACAGGCUGCGGAUCAACAACGACAAAGGUCUCCCGGCGGACUACAUCCCUCCGUGGGGUGUGGCGGUGCUGAGCGUGCUGCUGAUCCUGGUGUGCGGGGUGCUGAGGAGCGUGAACCUCAGCCUGCUGUGGCUGGACCCUCUGGAGCUCUAUGUCCUGCACAGCUGCGGCUCUGAGGAGGACAAACGGGCCGCCAAACGCCUCGAGCCCAUCCGGAGAAGAGGCAACUUCCUAGUGUGUUCCCUGCUUUUCCUGUGCGCUCUGGGUCAUUCGGUUAUAGGUGUGCUGCUCUACCGGGCCCUGGGUUCCAUAGCGCCCGCAGUCUUCACCAGCGGGUUCCUCAUCUUCCUGGUGUCAGAGCUGGUACCACACAUAGUGUGUUCCGGCUACGGCUUCCAGCUGGCCCCGGGCCUCACCUGGCUGGCACAGGUGUGUAUGGUGCUGACGUGCCCACUGUCGUGCCCACUGGGCCUGGUGCUGGAUCUAGCACUGAGGCGUGACAUCAGCACCUGCGGCGUGAGGGAGAGGGCCAUGGAGAUGAUACGCACCAAUGUCAACGACCCCUACAGUGAAUUUGUGAAGGAGGAGUUUAGCCGUGGUGCGCUGCGCAGUAAGACAGUGGAGGACAUCCUGACUCCGCUCAAGGACUGUUUCAUGCUGUCUUCCACCGCUGUGCUGGACUUCUCCACCAUGUCAGAGAUCAUGCAGAGUGGAUACACACGUGUCCCCAUCUACGAAGAGGAGAGAUCCAAUAUCGUGGAGAUACUGUACGUGAAGGACCUGGCUCUGGUCGACCCUGACGACUGUACUCCCAUGACAACUAUCACCAAGUUCUACAACCACCCUCUGCACUUUGUCUUCAACGACACCAAACUGGACGCCAUGCUGGAGGAGUUCAAGAAAGGAAACUCAGCCCUGGCCAUCGUUCAAAAGGUGAACAACGAGGGGGAGGGAGACCCGUUUUACGAGGUGCUGGGAUUGGUCACCUUGGAGGACGUCAUCGAGGAGAUCAUCAAAUCAGAGAUCCUAGAUGAGUCCGACGGAUACAUCGACAUGAAGGUGAAGCGUCCUCUGGCCCCUCUGGAGAUUUCCCUGGAGCCUCGCAGUGUCCACGAAGAGUUCUCUCUGUUCAAACUUCCUGAGGGCGAACCCAAGAUCCGCACCUCACCCCAGCUACUGCUGGCCACACACCGCUUCCUGUCCAGAGAGGUAGAACACUUCAAUCCAGCCCGCGUGUCAGAGAAGGUGUUAUUCCACCUGCUGCGUCACCCCAGUGUCAACCAGGAAGUCCACUUUGACCCCUCCAACCGCCUGAGCGCAGACCACUACCUUUACACACGCAACCACCCCGUAGACUACUUCAUACUGCUCCUACAGGGCCGUGUGGAGGUAGAGAUCGGUAAAGAGGGCUUGAAGUUUGAGAACGGAGCAUUCACAUACUACGGUGUGUCUGCACUCACAGCGCCAACCUCAGUGCACCAGUCUCCAGUGUCGACCCAGCGUCGUUCUCCCAGGGAUCCGUUUGAGUUGGGAGACGCCACCAGCCCAUCCAGCUACUGUCCCGACUACACCGUCCGUGCCCUCACUGACCUGCAGCUCAUACGGGUGACUCGCAUGCAGUACCUGAAUGCUCUGAUGGCGUCACGUGUUGGCCAGAGCCAAGACCCUUCUGAAAUCAAGAUCCUGCCCAACAGUCAGACCAAGCUGCUCAACGAGAGGAACAUCACCACUCAAGAGUUCCCUGUAAACUUUUCAUUUUUUGACAACAUUGACAACUACUGUUAGUGUUUUCUGUGUGCAUGAGGUGGCAAUAAAUCCCAGGAGAGUUCCACGGAAGAGGAGGCUCAUGGGUAAUGCAGUUCUCUCCCUCAGAACUACGUGUGUUACUCAGACAACCAACCAACCGACCCAGCCACAUGAGGCUGUUUUAGGAGUAGACUUCAAAUGUUUUUAACAGUGAAUAAUUUAUCUCUGAAAUGCAGUGAUUUGAACCUGGUUGGAGUGAGGGUGUGUGUGGUGCUGCUGCACUAUCCUCAGCCGUACUUCUCAUUCAUUAUAAGUUUUGCAUUGAAUCAUCAAUGGUAAUUGUGCGUGUGUGUGCAUACGUGUGUGUGUGCCUCUCCUCCCUAUUGUAAUUUAGCCUCCUUUCCUAAACGUUACAUUGCCUGUUCCUUCAUUAUUAUUUGUGUGCCAAAGCGACUCAACCCCCUGUGGGUGUGCGUGGGUUGUCAAAAUCCAUCCAUCCAAGCAUUAGACAGAGGGUGCAAAAAAACAACGUUAAUUUGCUUUAGUUGUUCAAUUAUACGUCCAUUUUGUUUUAUACACUCCUACAUUUCAGUUGCAUACAUAUUUGUAUGUAGAGCCAAAUAUUGCUUGUUUUUGUUUUUACCAUUCAAUGCAGUACUUAUUGAUGCCUAAUGGAAGGCCUGUAUGUUUUCUUUAGUGAAAAGGGAUAGAUCGCCCAACAUUAAAUAAAUAUCGAUUUGAAAAUGUUCGUAUUUGAACAUUUUCGGUGAACUAUCCCUUUAAGAGCUGAUUCAAUGCUCAUGUCCAUUCCUUUGCACAGUCAGAUGUUUAGCUUUAGGUCUGAGCUGUGAUGAGAGAGGCAGAUUACGUGUGUGUGUUUGCUCUCUGACCUUUCACAGAGUGCCAACCCUGACCCUGUCUGCUUUCAUGCAUUCCUUUUAUGUGGCCAACAAGAUUCAUGAAGUUACCAUAGUAUGUGUGUCACAUCUAAAGCACCUUGUUGAUUUUCUCAUCCUUGAUAGCCCAGUAGGUUGAGUUCCAUUAACAUUCCACAUCACUUCUGUGUCCAGGUGUGGGAGUGUGUGUCUGCUGUUUGACUGGCUGUGUGUGCGCGACUGACCGUGUGUAACUCUUAGCACUUGUCCGUCAGUAUUCAGUCUUAAACUCCUUCAGGAAACUCAAUUUCCCAUGUUGCAGUGUACCUACCCAUGUGUGCAGGGAACGCAUCUGUUACCCACUGUAGAGACUGGAAACCAAGAGAAUGGCCUGGUCCUGAAUCAACCCCUUGGGCCUUCCCCUAACGCCUUCCCCUGGCCCCUAGCUGUCUACCCUUUGAUCCUAGGCCCUAGUUCUUGUAUUAAUGUUGGUUGAUCUAAAGGAAAGGUGGUGGCCUAUCCUUUAUGUCAGGUUUAGGGGACCUUUCGCCAUGCUGCGCACACCUAUCUGAUUAAUUCAGAUCUGCAAACAUCAAAGGGAUAGGGGCAAGGAGUCUUUGGAGUGGAUCAGAGUGCACAGUGCAGACCAUAGCAGAAAUGUUUGCAAUGGAAAACCAAAAACAAGCAUUUCUUAUUGGACAAGUUCGGGUAGUCCAAUCCUGUUUCAGUCGUGUUCUUCUGUUUGGUGCCUAAUGAACAUGACCCCGUGUUUCCCAGCGGCCAUGUUAGGGGUCGGCCAUCUUGGUUGCCUCAGUCCUUCACCCCUCUGAGGGACGGUCUCGUUUUUGUUUAGUUGAUCUAAUUACGUACAUAUGCUAAUUAAGUGAUUCACCGUUUGAUUCAAAGUUAAGCUGUUUUAACAAUAUUGUUUUGUUGUAUCAAGUCCAUUUAUAUUGUAUCAAAGACUGAAUGUAUAUUGUAAAAAAGGUAAUCAUUACAUGUGCUACUUAUACUGAUCUGGAUGAAAAAAAUACUGUGGGAUGAGGUAGAGAACUGUAUAUUAUAUACAUACUUAUAUAGAAAGAAUAUGAUUUAAGCUUGUAGUUUUAAUCUCAGUUUUCAGGUACAAAUGUAUAAUACUGUUACCAUGAUGAUAAAGGCCGGACCAGGUCUACUUUCUCUCCAGGUUUUGUUUGUAUAGAUUCUUUCCCAAUUCUUCUCUGGAAUGCUGAGUUGUGGGUGCAGAGAACAUUGCAUUGAACUCUUUUCAAUAUCUGCUGUUUCUUAGUAAUAAACCCAGACCUGGUAUA